ACCCCCUCCCCUUUUAAGUGUUUAUGUUUAUUUCUUCAUGACUGCUGUUUUGGGAAGCCACUCUCAGCACCAGCUCCAGCGACGCCAACACCAUGCGAGCCCAAAUCGAAGUCAUACCAUGCAAAAUCUGCGGAGACAAAUCAUCAGGCAUUCACUACGGGGUCAUCACGUGUGAAGGAUGCAAGGGCUUCUUCAGACGUAGUCAGCAGAACAACGCAUCAUACUCCUGCCCUCGCCAGCGAAACUGCCUCAUUGACAGAACCAACCGAAACCGCUGCCAACACUGCCGCCUGCAAAAAUGUCUUGCCCUAGGAAUGUCCAGAGAUGCUGUAAAAUUUGGUCGUAUGUCCAAAAAGCAGCGUGACAGCCUGUACGCAGAGGUUCAGAAGCACCAAGCGAGACUUCAGGAGCAGCGGCAACAGCAGACUGGGGAGGCCGAAGCUCUUGCACGUGUUUACUCUUCCAGUCUGACCAAUGGACUGUCCACCCUCAACCAUGAGAUUGGGGGCACAUACGCAAAUGGUCAUGUCAUAGAGCUGCCCAAGGGUGGCCAUGGAAACGGAGGUGUCCCGGGAUACUACGGCAUGGACUCCACCCAGCCGUCGCCCGACCAAUCAGGGCUGGACAUGUCUGGUAUGAAGCACAUCAAACAGGAGCCAGUGUAUGACCUCACGCCUGUCCCAAACCUGUUUAGCUAUGGAGGCUACCAGGAGAGUCAACUGGGACCUAAUAAUGUCAGCAUGGGAGAGCUAGACCGCAUUGCUCAGAAUAUCAUAAAGUCCCACUUGGAAACAUGUCAGUACACGUCAGAUGAGCUGCAGCAGUUGGCAUGGCAGACACACUCCUAUGAAGAAGUCAAGAUGUACCAGAGCAAGCCUCGGGACGUACUGUGGCAGCAGUGUGCCAUCCAAAUCACCCAUGCGAUUCAGUACGUUGUGGAGUUUGCCAAGCGCAUCUCAGGGUUCAUGGAACUGUGCCAGAACGAUCAAAUCCUGCUUCUAAAGUCAGGCUGUUUGGAGGUGGUCCUGGUCAGGAUGUGCAGAGCGUUCAAUCCUCUUAACAACACUGUCCUCUUUGAAGGGAAGUACGGUGGGAUGCAGAUGUUUAAAGCACUAGGUUGUGACGACUUAGUGAGUGCGGUGUUUGACUUUGCCAAGAGUUUGUGCUCGCUGCAGCUCACCGAGGAAGAGAUCGCUCUGUUUUCAGCUGCUGUACUCAUUUCCACAGAUCGGCCGUGGCUGGUGGAACCCAGGAAAGUUCAGAAGCUACAGGAAAAAAUAUAUUUUGCUUUGCAGCACAUAAUGCAGAAGAACCACAUGGAUGAGGAUGCAUUAGCUAAGCUGAUCAGCCGUGUCCCCACACUGUCCGCCCUGUGCACACUCCACACAGAGGAACUGCAGGCUUUUCAGCAGCUCCACCCUGAGACCGUCAACGUCCUGUUCCCUCCUCUUUACAAAGAACUGUUCAACCCGGACCCAAACUCUACCAUGACCAUGCCCAAGUGACUACCUGUGGCCCCACUGCGACACAUGCUGCCAGCAGAGGGCCACCAAGAGCAACAAUACAAGAACAAGACUACUGCCACCUCAGGCAAGACAAUGAACAAUGUUACCAAGUCAUAUGGGUGGCAUAUUUUAGAAGGGGGAGAGGAGGAGGCACCACCUGCCAGAGACUUACCGCCAACUACUAUAGGAAUGUCCAGCACUUACUCCAUUUUGUUCACCGAUACAGUCUAAAGAAUGUAUAUAUAAUGAAGUUAAUGAAUCAAUGCCCCCAAGCCACACAGUACAAAAUACAAGGGGGGCUGUCUCAUGAACUGAACUGACAAGAAAUGUACAGACUUAUUAAAAAAAAAAAAAUCUAGGAACAAU